UUUUUUCGCCUGCUGCUGUCUCUAUCACCAUGUAUUGUCAGUCAAAGUUCAAAUCUUUCUUUAUAUUCCAAUUUCCAAUCCUCCAACCCCAACUACUCCACAUAUUUCCCCGGUCAAAAAGUUCAACUCUGCUUCUACAACUCUUCUUCUCUAGUUCUCUCGUGUCUUUAUCCACCUCUAACAAUUCUUUUCAUACGCCUCUAACAAUCAUGAAAGAAACAACUCAAAACAAGUCCAAAAAUAAGCCUUCUCAAUCCCAUCAGCAGUCCCAACCCAAAGUCAUGCAAUUCUCAUCAGCAGCAGCAGCUUCCUCUAAGUCAAGACCUCAGAAACCAUUACAAAUGUUGCAGCAGCAGCAGCUUCCUGUUGUUUCUGAUCAAAGCAACAACAACAGCAAGGAGAAGAACAACAACUCUCUAUCAGAACAAGAACUGAAGCUAGCAGCCAUAGCAAUCAGCCUAAACGUGCGAUUAAGAACCUCAGACAUGCCCGUGUCCAUGCAAGAGCAUGCACUCCGCUACACCCGAUCACUCGUCGCUGCUGGUACCUCCGGUGCCGCCACUCCUCAGACUCAUCGACUUAGCCCCGCCCUCCUCGCUCGUUCCCUCAAAAAGGAGUUUGAUGGGUUGUAUGGGCCGGCAUGGCACUGUGUAGUGGGGAAGAGUUUCGGGUCAUUUGUCACACAUUCACCAGGCGGGUUUGUGUAUUUCUCUUUGGAUUCGCUGUCUUUUCUUCUAUUCAAGACUGAAGUUCAGCUGGUUAUCAAUUGAACUGAACGAUAUUUCACACCUCCCAGCCCCAACAACCCAGCACCCCCCCCCCCAACCCCCGCCCCCAACUAACCAAAAAUUGAGCACUGUUGACAAUCUUUGCUUUUAGGAUUAGUAAUUUAGUAUUAGGGCUUCUUAGACUUUGUCAGAGUUUCAGCGUAACGAAUGCAAAUGCGAUGCUUUUUAUCUUCAAUUGCAUUUUUAGUCGUACAUAGUUAAUUCCUGUCCUUAUUUUCUGCAAGAAGAAGCUCUAAAGUUUUGAUCUUGUCUAAAAUGUGAUCCAAUCAU